AUGGCUUCCCUAGAUAUUGCAACGCGCGAGCUCGAGAACCCGAUCGACCUGGCCGAGUAUCUUUUCCGACGCCUGCAUGAAGUCGGCAUUCGUGCUGUGCACGGUGUUCCCGGCGACUACAACCUCGCAGCUCUGGACUACCUGCCAAAAUGUGGUCUGGACUGGGUAGGCAAUUGCAAUGAGCUCAAUGCGGGUUACGCUGCGGAUGGAUAUGCGCGCGUCAACGGCAUGGGCGCACUGAUCACCACCUUCGGUGUCGGUGAGCUGUCCGCUCUCAAUGCCAUUGCAGGCGCAUACUCCGAGUUCGUUCCUAUCGUCCACAUCGUGGGACAGCCGACGACCAAAUCCCAGAAGGAUGGCAUGCUCCUUCAUCACACACUCGGAAACGGCGACUUCAACGUUUUCACGAAGAUGAGCGAGGGCAUUUCCUGCUAUGUUGCUCAGCUCAACGACCCUCACUAUGCAGCGACUUAUAUCGAUAGCGCGAUCCGCGAGUGCUGGAUCCGUAGUCGUCCCGUGUAUGUGACCCUCCCCACCGACAUGAUCUACGCCAAGGUCAAUGGCGAUCGUCUGAAGACCCCCAUUGACUUGUCCCCGCCGGAGAAUGACCCGGAGAAGGAGAAGUAUGUGGUGGAUGUCGUUCUCAAGUAUCUUCAGGGAGCCAAGAACCCGGUCAUUCUGGUCGACGCUUGUGCUAUCCGCCACCGUGCUUUAGAGGAGGUGCGUGACCUGGUCGAGGCCUCUGGACUGCCCACUUUCGUGGCCCCGAUGGGCAAGGGUGCGGUCAACGAGACACACAAGAACUUUGGUGGUGUCUAUGCCGGUAGUGGGUCCAAUACCGGCGUCCGGGAGGUGGUCGAGUCCUCAGAUCUCAUUCUCAGCAUCGGCGCCAUCAAGUCCGACUUUAACACUGCCGGAUUCACCUACCGUAUUGGCCAGCUCAACACCAUUGAUUUCCACAGCAACUUCGUGCGUGUGCGGUACUCCGAAUACCCCGACAUUAACAUGAAGGGUGUGCUCCGGAAGGUUGUGCAGAAGAUGGGCAAGCUGAAUGUGACUCCCACUCCUCAAAUUACCAACAAGCUUCCGGCGGAGGAGCAGUCCUCAUCCAACCAGGCCAUCACUCACAGUUGGUUGUGGCCGAUCGUAGGACAGUGGUUGAAGGAGAAUGACGUGGUCAUCACAGAGACCGGUACAGCCAACUUUGGUAUCUGGGACACGCGAUUCCCUGCGAACGUGACCGCCAUUAGUCAAGUCCUCUGGGGCAGCAUUGGAUACUCGAUGGGGUCCUGCCAGGGUGCUGCUUUGGCCGCGAAGGAACAGAACAACCGCCGGACAAUUCUCUUCAUUGGCGAUGGCAGUAUUCAACUGACGGUGCAAGAACUGAGCACCAUUCUGCGCAAUAAGUUGUCUCCUAUUGUGUUCGUGAUCUGCAACGAGGGCUACACCAUUGAGCGCUAUAUCCAUGGCUGGGAGGCGCCCUACAACGACAUCCAGCCCUGGGAAUUUGCGAACCUCCCCAAGGUCUUUGGCGCUGAUGCUGGAUACAAGGGAUACCGCAUUAAGACCCGCGACGAACUGCAGAAGUUGUUCGCCGACCAGGACUUCUGCACCGCUGACGCCCUGCGGUUGGUGGAGCUGUACAUGCCCCGCGACGAUGCCCCGGCUGGACUCAAGUCGACAGCCGAAGCUGCGGCCGCGCGCAACGCAUAA